AGUGUCUGAGCUAAACUCACGUUUCAAAAAAUUUUAAAAAUAUUUUUGCCAAACUAUUUUGAAAUCUAAAAUGGUUCAAAAAUUCCCUCAUCCUUCCUUUGGUGAAAGGUGGAGGUGCUUGUUCUUUUGGUCCUUCCAUAUGUUUUACUGUGUUAUUUUUGACAAGGCUAUUUGGGAAUUUUUUCACCUACAAGUGGUUGUGAAUUUCUUGUAUGCUUAUGUAUUUCCUUAUUUUGUAUAAGAGUUUUCCUUCAGAAAACUUGACAACUCUUUUUGUAAAGUAGCAUGUUUAUUAGAUACCCUGUGUAGAAUAUACCUACUGGAAAUGUUAGUUAUGUUACUUUGGUGAAUCUUUUCUAGAUUAAUCUUGGACUUUUCCUGAAAGACAAUAACAAUGAGUUCUCACUUUUGGUUGAUAAAUCUGUAGGUGGAUCCAGCCUAGUUGAUGGCCAAUUGGAGAUAAUGCUUCACUGAUUCACUCUCCUCAUUUUUCAAAUUGCGUUUAUCCCUUUUAAUGUUACAAUCUUUUUUCUGUUAACUCAUCACUAUUUGAAGUUAUGAAUAGCAAAUCUCAAGGUAAACGAUGUAUAUGUUCCUUUAGUAGGAGGUUACUCCAUGAUGAUGGAAGAGGUGUUGCUGAAGCACUGAAUGAAACAAUCUGUGCUCUUGAAAAAUGCAUGGGCUUGACUGUUCAAGGCAAGUACUAUAUUUGGAUUAAUUUUCUUGGAGAGGGAGCGAAGUGGCGGCGGUCAUUCGGACAAGAGAUAUAUUCUCCAUUGCUUCUAGCUUUUAUUGAGAAGGAUGGAGAUAAAUUUACAAAAUUCCAAGUUCCAACAUUUACUGGGAUAUAUCCAUCUUACAGUCAGCCAUAUAAUGUUGCAAUAAUCACCCUUUAGGUAUUUAUUGUCAAUUUGAAUGUGUUGUAACACUCUUAUUUAUUCUCUACCCAUUUACUUUUUUCUUUAGUAAAUCUAGGAGCUUGAAGAUCACACUGUCCUCAUCAGAUUGGUUUAUUUAUACGAGGUUUAUGAUUUUCUUCUUG